AUGAGCCCUCACAUCUUGGAUCACGCUGAUCUGGGUGCUGAUACUCCGCUUCUGGUUGACAUUGAGGCCGGUCGCGGUCAUGAGCUAAUAGGAUUUAGGAAGCGAUUCUCAGACGCUCUGGGUAGACUCAUUUUAGAUGAUCUUCCAAUGUUCAUUAAAGAGAUCCAGGGUGCGCAGGAUCUGACAGCUGCUGGUGUCGAUAUUGUGCCCUGUGAUUUCUUCAAGCAAGUCCAGCAAGUCCAUGGUGAAUUUCCACUGCCGCGUUAA